AUGGCUGAGGAGUUAUUGAUCCCACCAUCAGGAAAAAUCACUUCGCACCUCACUGUCUCUCUGCUGGCUGUGGCCUUCCUCACCUCCUUCGGGAGCUCUAUGCUCUAUGGCUACAAUUUGGCAGUUGUCAACUCACCUGCUCUGUACAUAAAGGACUUCUACAACAGGACUGUGGUGGCUCGUAAUGGGACAGGUCUGAAUGAAGAGGCCCUAACCCUCAUGUACUCUCUCACUGUGUCUGUGUUUGCCAUUGGGGGGCUGCUGGGCUCCCUCAUUGUGGGAAUGUUGGUCACACGUUUUGGAAGAAAAGGCACAAUCGUGAACACUACCGUACUGGUUUUCAUAGCUGGUGCGUUCAUGGGCUUUAGUCGGAUGUGUGGCUCUCCAGAGAUGGUGAUUUUUGGCCGAUUCAUCACAGGGGUCCACUCAGGGAUCUCUCUGAGUGUCGUGCCCAUGUAUCUUGGAGAGAUAGCUCCAAAAAACCUGCGUGGCUUCUUAGGUCUGGUCCCCAGUAUCUUCAUUGGGACCGGGGUCUUCACAGCUCAGAUCCUAGGACUGCAUGAGCUUCUCGGAAAGGAGGAGCACUGGCCCCUUUUCUUGUCUGUGGUGGUGGUCCCUACAUUUAUUCAGCUGCUUCUCUUGCCAUGGUUUCCUGAAAGCCCCCGCUAUCUUUUGAUUGAGAAGCAUAACGUCCAUGCUACCAUCACAGCUUUAAAAUGGUACCGGUCCAAGUGUAACAUCCAGGCAGAGAUUGAGGAGAUGCAGGAGGAGCAGCGCUCUCUGUCAUCGGUGGAGACGCUGUCUGUGUGGGCGCUGUUGCGGGACCAGAGUGUGCGCUGGCAGGUGCUCAGCGUGGUGAUCAUCAACAUUGGCAUGCAGCUGUCUGGUAUUGAUGCGAUCUGGUUCUACACAAAUGACAUUUUUGAAAAGGCUGGUAUACCUCCUCCAGAGAUACAAUACACCACAGCUGGCACCGGCGUUAUUGAAAUCAUCACUGGACUCAUUGGGUGCUUUACCAUAGAGAAGCUGGGCAGGAGACCUCUGAUGAUUGGCGGCUUCUCCAUGAUGGGCCUGUGCAGUACUGGCAUCACACUUGCACUCAUUUUACAAACAAACCUGUCCUUUAUGAGAUACGUGAGUGUGUGCUGUGUGGUGGGCAUCAUCGCUGGCUUCUGUAUCGGUCCAGCGGGAGUGCCUUUCCUGAUCACUGCUGAGCUGUUUAAACAGUCCCAUAGGCCUGCGGCUUAUAUAAUAGGUGGCUCUCUAAACUGGUUGUCUAACUUCACUGUGGGCUUCGUCUUUCCUUUCAUGCAGAUGUCUGCAGGAGCCUACUGUUACCUGGUUUUUGCUGCUGUCUGUGUGGCUGUGGCUGUGUACGUCUACAUUGUCAUCCCUGAAACAAAGAACAAGACCUUCUUAGAGAUCAGCCGCAUGUUUUCCAAGAAAGAGGCAGUUCUGGAGACACAGGGCCUGGCACAGCUGGACCAGCUAAAACUGAAGAAGAUGAAUGGAUAUGGAGGUUUGGAGCAUACCUCUGUGGAGCUGGACAGCUCCUCCUCUGCACCUUGACAAUGAGGUCGGACUGAAACACACUAUCACUAUCUCUCAGUUUAACAUGACCUGUGGAGAGGUACACUUUGACAGCACUUCCUGGUGUUCAUA